AUGAACUUUGCAUUAGUGCUAUUUGCCGUCUUGGCCAUUAUCGGCUUUGGCCAAGCUCAUCAGUUUCCGGAUUUCGGCGAAGGUCCUCUUCACGAGGAUAUUCAGGACAUUCUGGAUUUAGUACCUGCUGAAGACAUCCUGAAUGUAUUUUUUACUUAUUUGGCAGAGGAUUCUGAAGUAGCAGAUGCUUUUGCAAACCUUAUAUCCUCAAACAUUCUCAGAAAUCUAAUGGAAGAUUUCGAGGCUAUCCCAGAAGUGAUCAACUUUUUCAACUAUCUGCAUAAAGAAGGCGUCGAUAUUUACUUCUUGAUAAACAAAGUUAACAAAAAUCUCGGUAUCAAGGAACUCGAACCACCUCCUUCUCAUGCGUAUUCUACGAUGAUCACCGGCGGAAUUGCCGGCCUUUUCAAAGACAUCAAGAUACUGUUCCAUUAUGAUGAUUAUAUUCGCAUCUACGUACGGAAAAUGAAAAUCUCUUCAGCUUUCGUCCGCUUCGUCAAUCAACUCAAGUCCGACAAUUUCCAGCAAAUUAUUAACAAAGUGUAUAAAAUUAAUUCGUUUCAGAUCAUUUUGAAUUUCCUGAAGAGCAAGGAAGUGAAUACAAGAAUCGUAGCAGACAUCAUGUUCAUCGUUCUCGGCAUUACUGUACCAGACAAACCAGAUUAUGUUCACUAUUCGUACGGUAGAUAACAAGAUCUUGGAUUUUUGGAAUCUUAUUUUGAUAAAAGAGUAAUGAAAUUAUACUAAAUUAUAUAUAUGAAGAUAAAUGAAUACAAGAUAUUUUGAGCUAUUAAAGUUAACACCCGAAUUCUACUUUAUAUUACAUGACAUCGGAGUUCUUAAGGAAUAUCAAAUAAUUAUAAUAUGUCAGAGCAGAAAACUGAAUUUGGUCGAAUUAUUAAUUAUAUCUAGAUGUUAUUCAUUUGCUGCAACAUAAAUAAAGAGCUUAUAUGUAUCAUAAAGCAAAAUAAAUUUUUAUAUAUUUAAAUAGACACAAUAUUAUCUCAAAUAGAGCAAAUAAUAAUAUCUUAAGAAUAUUGCCUAAUCCUUGCUUAUAGCUAUAUGUAAUCUGUAAUUAAAAUGUACUUUAAAUUUAUGCAACAUAAUUUAUAUUCAUCUUUAAAGUUUCGUUGUUGUGAUACUUCUGAUCCAUUUAUGGAGAGUGUACAUUUCUGUUACUGAUUUAUAUACACAAAAUUAACUCUUCUUUAUUCAAUUCACGAAGAUAAAAUUAUGUAGAUAAUA